UCUACUUUGUCUGUCUGUCUGACAAAUAAUGAUACAAAAUUAUUGGGUUUGUAUUUAGAUCAUAAAAUGUUUAAUUAAAACUUUACAGUAUUAUCAGAUAGUUUUUAUAUAUAGUAUAUGUUUUGAAAUGUAAAGACUAACGAGACAAGAUGUUGCUAUUAAAGGAGUAAUUCUCGUAAAGAGAACAGUGUAGCCAAUAUUAUUUUAGUCCCAUAAUGGCUCAACCCCCUCCACCACCCGAAGAAGCAGAAACUCCUGGCUGUGUAGUGAAAGAAAUUGAAAAACGGCUCUAUAAAACGCUGAAGGAUGUUUUCAAAUAUGACAGUUACAGAACUCUUGUUCAGAAACGAGCAGUUGAAGCCGUUGCUAAUAGCAGUCAAGAUGUGUUUGUUUCUAUGCCCACAGGUGCUGGAAAAUCUUUAUGUUAUCAACUUCCAGCUCUAGUCAGUGAAAGAAAAGGGGUGACUAUUGUUGUAUCACCUCUCAUUGCCUUAAUGAAGAACCAAAUGGACCAAAUGAUAGCUUUAGGUAUCUGUACUGAAACCAUAAAUUCUAAAAUGCCUGUGUCAGAACGUGAUAGAGUGAAAGGCGAUUUAAUGAGUAACUCACCAAAAACAAAACUGUUAUAUAUAACACCCGAGUUGGCUAGCACUUCAGGUUUCUAUUCCAUAAUAGAUCACCUUUACAAAACAAAUAAUGUUGCUAGGAUUGUUGUUGAUGAAGCACAUUGUGUAUCACAGUGGGGACAUAACUUUCGACCAGAUUACUUACGUUUAGGUGAUCUACGAGCUAAGUAUAUGUCAAUUCCUUGGGUUGCUCUAACUGCUACUGCAUCUGUAAAAGUGAUGGAUGACAUUUUAGCAUCAUUAAAGUUGUGCCAGCCUGUUGCUAUAUUUAAAACUUCAUGUUUCCGUCCUAAUUUAUUUUAUGAUGUCACUUUCAAAGAAACUCUUCAAGAUCCGUAUGAAGACUUGACACAAUUUGCGUAUUCUGCAUUGGGUGACCAUUGGGAAAUGAGCCCUCCAAGUGAAAGGGGGUGUGGUAUAAUAUACUGCCGCACUCGGGAUGGAUGUGAAGAAUUGUCCAAUAAACUUACGAAGUUGGGCUUGCACACUGAACCAUAUCAUGCUGGUAUCAAGCCUGGUGUUCGCAAAGAAACACAAAAUGGUUGGAUGGAUGGACGUAUUCCAGUUAUCGCUGCCACUGUUAGUUUUGGUAUGGGCAUAGAUAAACCAUCAGUAAGGUUUGUUGCUCAUUGGUGUGUUUCCCAGUCAGUUGCUGGUUAUUACCAAGAAUCAGGAAGGGCAGGUAGAGAUGGAAAAUCUGCAAAAUGUAGAAUUUAUUAUUCUAGAAAAGAUAGAGACACUAUUCUCUUUCUAUUGAAAAAGGAUGAAACUUCUGCUAAAACUAAAAAUGCACGAUUAAAAAUAGCAGCAACUAUUAAAAGCUUUAAUACAAUGAUUAAAUACUGUGAGGAAUCUGUUUGUCGUCAUUAUCUUCUGGCAAGAGAAUUUGGUGAUGAUAUGCCAGAUUGCCGAAAACACUGUGAUGUUUGCUGUUAUCCUAAACAAGUUCAACAAAAGAUUUCUUUAUUUAAAAGUCUUUAUCUUGGCUCUAAAUUAAAAUUUAAGAAAGGUGAUAGCGAUUGUAAUGAAUUGUAUGGAGGUGGUAGAGUAGGAGCUAAACAUGAAUAUGAGGAUAGUGAAUCAGACACAAGAGAGAGUACAAAAAGAGAUAAAGAGGCAGCAGCUGCACUGUCUAAUCUAAUCAGUGAAGAAUUCAGCAAAAGAAGGGGAUCUAAAGAAAAGACAGACAAAUAUAUUCAAACAUCCAGUUGCAAAGUAUUUCAGGCAUCCGUGAAGAAAAUACCAGAAGUGUCUGUUCUGAUGCGUGAAAAGUAUUUUGACAAGUUAGUAGCUGAGCUAAAACUACAUCUUAAGGCAUGUGCUGCAAACCGUCAGUGUCCAUCUCUGAAUGAAAAAGAGCUUCAGCAAUGUGCUGCAGAAUUUGAAUGGAAUUCUUUUAGCAGCAAAGGAAAUAUUCACAUGUACCGAAGAGAAAUUGUGAAUCUCACCAAAUCGUUGAGGGAAGCAUCACGGCAAGUUGAAGUACACCCAGUAGUUUCUAAAUUUGUUCCAAAUCAAGGUUCAGCUGGUAAAGGAGUUACCAAAGAAAGGCUUCACACUAUAGUCGAUUAUUUUUCUAAACAUAAGACAAGUAGUGAAAAUAAAGUUGAAAAUGCUAAUUUUAGCAGUUCUUUAUCAUGUACAGAUAGCCAUAGGACUGGAGCAGGAUCAGAUAUUUCACAGUCUGAAGAAUCGCAGAAGAAGAUUCGAACUUUAUCUUCUGACAGCGUACACUGUGAUAAUAACUCUGAAAAAUUUAGAAGUUUUAGAGCUUCUAUAGAUAGUGAAUCUGAGAGCUCAGAAAAAUACAGCCCUAAAAAAAUAACAAGAAUACGGAAAAGUGUAGAAAAUUCAAGAGCUUGUGUUGAAGUAGAAAAACCGAUAAUGAAAUACUUUUUUGAAAGUGUGUCUUGUCCAUUAGGUGAAUCAUCUGUACAUUCAAAUUCACCAGAUGAUGUCAAAUCUACUCCCAGUCUAGCCAUUUCUUCACCUAAUAACAAAGAAUUAUCAAAACAAGUUGUGACUGAAAACAGGAAAAGAACAUUAAUUAGUUCACCUGUUAAAAGUAAACGUAGAAAGUCUGAUUCAUCACCAGAAAAAACUAAAUCAAAGACAGAUAAAAGUAAAACUACUACUCAAAUACGAAAUGACAAUCUUAAAAAAGCUGCUGAUUUGGUUCGAAAACAUUUAAAUCCUGAAUACAAAUCUAAACGAAUUAGCAAAGAUUUUUUCAAAAUUGUUUGUCGUAGUAUUUCUCAUCGUUUAGUUGAGUCUGAUGCUGUAAAUGAUACUGCAGCAAAAUAUGAAGUUGAAAAAUUAUUGCAAUCAAAUACAUCUGUGCCGACUAAUCGAUAAUAAUUGUAAAUAUUCAUCAAAAUAGUUUGUAUUUCUGUUCGGCCGUGUAAAAUUUUUAAAAUGUGUAAAGCAGAUGGUUUAAAGUUUGUUAUUUUUAUACAUUGAUUGCUAUCAUACUCAUUUAUUCUUAAUUUAUGUGCAACUUAAAAAAGUUGUUAAUUUUCAUUGAUCAGAUAUACCCAUUUAAUUAAGGUUUUCUUUAGCAUUUAAAUGAAAUAAUUGAUAUUGAAUAUUGUUUAUUCAAACCAGUGAAUGGAUGCAUAGCUUUGCAUUUAAAUGAGCCAUUAAUUGGCAAAAUAAAUAAUACUUAGCUCAUUGAACAUACAAUUUAUAUUUGUUUUAUAACAAUGUUGUCAUUGAAUUUUUGCAAAAUUUUAAAAAAUGUUUUUAAGCUUAAAAGCUUUUGUUCAUUUGUUAAUAUUUCAAUAAGUGCCUCAGGUCUAAAUUGUUUUAAUUGCAAAAUAUGGUCUUGAGGCUGCAAAGUGUAGUAUUAAAUUUGUUAAAUAAGGUAUUGAAAGAAGAAGCAGUUGUUAUAUAAAGUACUGAAAGAAGAAACUAUUAAAGAUAUUUGUUUUAGUAUA